ACAAGAUUCCAGAGAAAUCCGAAGUGUUGGCUGCUGGAAGUGAUUCUGUGGUCAAACUAGCAAACAUUAGCAAAUAAAAAAUAUUCGAUAACACUAAAUAUGGCAAACCCUAAAGAAAAGGACCCUGUGGACAUAGUUCACCAGAAUGCCAUCCAUGUCGAGACAAUAAUGAAGGAGCUGAGACACCAGAAGCUUUACACUGAGUUUAACAUCAACCCCUUCAAGAAGCUGCACAUUCUGACUGACAAGCCCAUGUCCAACAUCACGUACAGAAAAGAAGAGGAGGACCCUGCUUUCGUCCAGGCUAUACAGAGGGCCCAUCUGGAGCCCACAAAAAAGUACUCUCACCCUCAGACUGAAGCACAAGAGAUAGGAUGGAUAUCAAGUCCUUUAAUCGCCUCAGAUCGUAGUGACCGAAGAUUAAAUUUUCCAAGGCAGAACUCUGAAAUCACUAAGUACAUGGACGCUGCAUGGCGACUGAAGGAGCAGACACAAAAUUUGGGAUGAAAGUUCAAGUUAUAUUUUCCUGAUGGCAUGUACAUUAUGUACACUAAUGCAGAUAAACAAAUCUAGUUAUCAUAUGUGAGAGAUCAAAAUGGCCAUUCUUUGUUAUCACAAAUAAACACAAAAAAUGCAAACAUGUUUUAGAGAACACUCACUAAUGGUCACUAAUACAGAUAAGGUAAGGACAGAGGCUUCAGGUCUCAAAAUCCCAUGAGCUGCCUAGACGGUGUUUUUACCAUUUUGCAAAGCAGGUCAUUUGAUUUGACACAGCUGGUGUGUUUAGAAUUUCAGUGGUAUAUCUAGAGAUAUGUUAAAGUGGGUCAAAUGGGCACCAUUUAUCACUAGGAAUGUGACUGCUCCUGUCCUGCAGAAUCUCUUCAUAGUAAGCAAAAGAGAUUAGUUCAUGACUAAUCGAUCUUAGAUAAAGUCAUAUUGUACAGAAACAGGAUUCACAUAUUUUGUUUUGCAAAUAUGCCUUUUUCACAAGAAAAAUCCAUAACUGUGACCAAACUCCACUGGCAGCUUAUUGAAACAUUUUAAACAUAAUGUAUCGGCCAUUCAGGUCAAGAUUUAUAACAUUACUUCCCCCAAACAAAAUCUCCUUUAUGUGAAGAUACAGAUUUUUUGUUGUUGUUUCUUUCUUACAGAAUUGCACCGAAUUCUCACAAAUAGUUAUAUUAUGUUACAUUAUAUUCUGUAGUUCUGUAAUAUAUAGUCCGGUCAAUGGAGAUCAUUAUGAAUUCAAGACCUUCUCUCUCAUCCCUCUCUAGAGGAGUCAACUACUUUCUAGCCAAAAGUCUCAUUCGAUUAAAGUCUCUAAAUAAUCAUUAUCUG